AUGGCAAGGUCAUAUAUGUUUGAUAGUAAAACAACAGAGAAUAGGAGAAAGAUGAGGGAGGAACAGCAAGUCGAACUUCGGCAGCAGAAGAAGGAGGAACUUCUGAACAAGAAAAGAAAUCUUUCUGUCUCUGCAUCGGCCAUUUCAAACUUCAUUCCGAUGAAGGAAAAGCUUUUCAGUAGCGAUUUGGAGCAGGCCCACCAGGGGGUUUACGAGUUUAGGUCGCUAUUAAGCGUUGAAGACUCUCCUCCAAUUCAACCAGUCAUAGAUUCCGGGUGUGUGCCUAGAUUUAUAGAGCUCAUGGAUAUAUCAUUUUUGACAUCGUCUUCAAUGACGAUGGGUGGAAUUCCGGUAUCAAGCAUAAGGCAAGAUAUGCCUGAGUUUAGUGUUGCCAUGGAUAUAAUAAAUAAGAUUAGGGUAGAGGCUGCAUGGGUCAUAACAAAUAUCUCAUCAGGAACCACACAGCAAACAAAGGUAGUCAUUGAUUGUGGGGCGGUUCCUCUUUUGAUCCAGAUGUUGCUGGACACAAAUGAUGCAGUUCUGGACCAAAGUGUGUGGGCUCUUGGAAACAUAGCUGGAGACUCUGAGGGCAUGAGGGACAUAAUACUUGAAACAGGUGCUCUUGAUACCGUUCUUGGGCUGCUCCUAAAGCUUCAUGAAAGCGCUAUUCACAUAAAGAUCGUUAGGAAUCUCACCUGGCUUCUCUCAAACCUUAACAGAGGAAGGAACCCACCGCCAAACGAGCAAGAUAUGAGGAAAUCGCUAGAAGUUCUCUUCAAGCUUAUCAAUAUAAGAGACCCAGAGGUUGUCAGUGACGCAUACUGGGCGCUUAGUUACAUUGUAGAUGUUAGCAUCCAAUGCAGUGAUGCAGUGCUUAGUAGCGGAACGAUGAGCAGGACAUACUCUCUUUUAGAGGCUCUUACCAAUAGGCUCAUUGGAAUAUCUUAUUCAGCAGAGGAUGCAAAGAUAUGCUUGUGUGCAAUAUCUCCAAUAAUAAGGAUGAUAGGAAACAUAGUUACAGGAUCUGAUGACCAAACAAGUGCCCUGAUUCAAAUGGGGUUUAUGAGGUUUUUCAGGCCGAUAUUCUAUAGGCUGGAAAACAAAAAGCAGCCAAGACUUCGAAAAGAAAUAUGCUGGACGUUGUCAAAUAUCACUGCAGGUACAGUGGAGCAUGCAAAGGCAGUUGUAGAUAUGGAUCUUGUUCCCAUGCUCAUAGACUCAAUGUCAUCGUAUGAGCUGUUUAUAAGAAAGGAGGCGUGUUGGGCAAUACUAAACCUGAUGUACCAUUGCAAUAAUCUUCCUACCAACUCUGAUACAAAGUUCGAGUGGCUUAGGAUCCUGAUGGAUAAUGGCUUUAUCGAUGCCCUACAAAGCUACUUGGAUGUAGUUCCAAAUGUUCCGGAGAUGCAGUGCCAGAUAUUGGACUGCUUCAGAUAUGCGUUAAACGGAGGAAGACAAUGGGAGCUUAGGUACGGCAAAAACCCUAUAUAUGAAAAGAUUGUCGAGGCAGACAUAGUCGAUGCAAUAGAGGGACUACAGGACAGCGGAGACAGGACUGUUUCAGACAAGGCAUACUCUAUCAUAGUCGAUUUCUUCGAUGGUGUGGAUAAUUAA